GCUGCUCUUCCUUCAUGCAGCCAAUACCUAACCCACGGCGAGGGAGCACGAGCACGAGCAGGAGCAGAAAACCGAAACCACAGAAGCCUGUGUGCGUGAGGGCGGCGCACAAACAUUAUUAAUUAGUCAAAUAAAGCCUUGGGUAACGUGACACCGCAGCUGGUCCGGGUCUGUGCACUCAUUAGAGAACACCGGCGCAGUUUUGGAGUAGGCCAGCGUCAAUAGGCUGCAGCAGCAUCAGUGAGGAGUGAGGCAGCUCUGUGCGCACUGGAAACCCCACGAUUCAAUUGGUGGAAUUGGGAGGCCUUUCCCUCUGCCGCAGGAGGAGCACAGCUGUUAGAGGAAACGGGGAGAGAAAAAGGAGAGACGGCAGCAGCAGAGAAAGGAAGCGGCACCGCCUCCACUGCUGCUCGGCAUGACAGACUUGAGCCAAACUGCGCACCGACUGUGCAGGAGGCAGAGCUGCAGCUCGCACUGAAGCCUGUUCCAGAGCAGAGAGCAGUGUAGGAAUCUGACAGAAGAAUUCAGACGAAACUGGUCCUUGACCACAGCUGCAUUUGACAUUUUGAGCGCUCCUCAUUUCUUGCUUCCUUCUGUGUGGCCUUGCAGUGGACAUGGGAAAUGUAAACAGUAGUCGGGCUGGAUUUUAAACUACGCACACAUCCCACGUCCUCCUCCCGCCCCCUCCUCUUCCUCCUCCUCCUCCUCCUGCGAUGGAGAUGGAGUUGGAGAUGAGGGUCGAGUCGGAGCAGGAGGGAGCGGCGGAGCCCCCCAUGCACAGCGUCCACGGAACCAACCGGAUCCGACCGUCCUCGUACCGGGCUCUGCGCAGCGCCGUGUCCAGCCUGGCCCGCUUAGAUGACUUCAACCGUGAGAAGAUUGGGGCAGGCUUCUUCUCCGAGGUGUUCAAGGUGCAGCAUCGUGUGUCAGGUCAGGUCAUGGCCCUGAAGAUGAACAUCCUGGCCAGUAACAGAGCCAACAUGCUCAGGGAGGUCCAGCUCAUGAACAGAAUGUCCCACCCCAACAUACUCAGGUUUAUAGGAGUGUGUGUCCAUGAGGGGCAGCUCCACGCUCUCACAGAGUACAUCAACGGUGGCAACCUGGAGCAGCUGUUGGGCAGCAACAUUUACCUGUCGUGGAGCGUGAGGAUCAGCCUGGCUCUGGACAUCGCCCGCGGGCUGCAGUAUCUACACAGCAAGGGCAUCUUCCACAGGGACCUCACCUCCAAGAACUGCCUGGUGCGCUGGGAGGGCGGCGUGUGCUCGGCCGUGGUGGGAGACUUUGGCCUGGCGGAGAAAAUUCCAGAUUACAGUGAGGAUGAGGACCAGGAGCCCCUGGCCAUCGUUGGCUCCCCCUACUGGAUGGCCCCGGAGGUGCUCCGAGGAGAGGUGUAUAAUGAGAAGGUGGACGUGUUUGCAUACGGUAUCAUCCUGUGUGAGAUUAUUGCGAGGAUACAGGCCGACCCAGACUUCCUGCCACGCACAGCGGACUUUGGUUUGGAUAAGGAGACUUUUGAGCAGAUGGUGGGCGACUGUCCGUCACACUUCCUCCAACUGGCCUUUACCUGCUGUAACAUGGAUUCAAAGCUUCGUCCGUCUUUUUCGCACAUCGCCGCAGAGCUGGAGAGGAGACAGGCAGAGAGGAAGCAGAAACAUGAGCAAACUGUUAAACCCGUCUCUCCAGUGAUUGGCCCUCUGCGACGUCAAUUGCUCUUCCUCCCGUCAGAUCCUCGCAUCUCCCGCAGUAAAUCUGACAUGCUUCACCCCUCGGACACGCCCCCCUACGUUAACCUGGCCCCUCCCACUCGCGUCAACCCCUUCUCUCAAAGGGAGGACCUGAAAGGUGGCAAGAUCAAGCUGUUUGACACUCCCAGUAAGUCUGUCAUCUCUCUGACCUUCACCCUGCCGCCUCCUCCGGACUGUGACGACGCCUCCUCGUCUGAGACAGACGGCGUCGCCCUGACUCGGAGGCACCGGCGCUGCCACUCGCUGCCUUGUACUCCACCCCCUCACCUCACCUCGGCACCCAAAACGGUUCUCGCCGAGGAGGAGUCCUCGUUUGAGAGGAAUGGCGUGGUGAAUUCAGAGCGUGAAGAAGACCAACUGUUAGAGAAGGAGUUUGAAGCGAAGAGUGGGACUUUCCAUGCUGGUGAUUCAGGUCUUCCCCUGUCACUGGACCUGCUGGACCAAGAGGAGGAGAAAGGAGGUGAGGAGGAGCCCAUGGACUGCACCAGUUCUCCAGACACACAGGACAGCACCUCCUCUCCUUACUCCAAGUCCUCUCCUCCUCCCUCCUCCACUCCCCUCCAACCUUCCCCCACUGCCUUGUCCAACGGCUGGGGCUCUGCGGUCUCUAACGGGCCCCCAUGUCUGCCUCCGCUCUCUCAUUUGGACAACAACAACGUGGUUGUCGGUCACCCUCUGGGGUGGAGCACCCCCUCCACAAACACUACCACCACGACCAACAAUAACGGCUUCCACUCCCCUCCCGGCGACCCCGCAGGCUCCUCCCCCUUCGGCUCCAGCAGCGGCCACUCUCUGGACCAGGAGGAGGUCAUCUCCUGUCCCGGCUGCUGCCUCGCCGGCCUCCGCUUCCCCUCCAUCUGUCUCCGAGCUCCACCGCGCAGGAACCCUUACAAGAACCUGAACGGGGACCACGCAGCGACUCACGGGCUUCUCAGUCCGGGGCCGAAGGCUCUGCCGCCUUCCUCUGCUCCCUCGACCUCCAGCCUGCAGCCAGGACUGGCUUUGCCGGGGGUGCAGACAUAAGCCCCUCUGCCUCUUUAGCACCAAAAACACACAGUAAAGACACGUGUGGAGACUCUGCACCAGAAGCUCUUCCCUCGGAAGUGAAGUGGGUCUUUAAGUUUGCACAGAUUUUCUUUCUUUUUUUUCUUUUUUUUUUAUCACAGCAAUACCCCGCUUCUUUUCCUGACACACUUCUCUGGUGCAGAGAGAUGGAGAGGGUCCACGUCGGUUUCCUGAUGGAUAUUUGCUUGACUGGCUGUGAGGGCUGUGGGCCGUAGAGCUGCUGUCUUUGCUGGUGACUCUUUUUCUUUCUCUUUGUUGUUUUCUGUCGCCCUCUGCUGGGCUGAGGGCGACAGCUGUGCCUGCGUAUGCGUCUGAUGAUUGGCUGCGUCCAGAACUGAUCAGCAUGUAAACAGUCGGUUCGAUCCUGUAUAUGCUGUAUAUUUGCAGAUGUACAGAUUCUUAUGACUGAUAAAACUGAAAUGAGGAAUGUUAA